UUUGAUUUUACCUUGUGUGGACGUAUGAGAUAGAAAAUAGUGUAGUUUUUAAUGCAAGAUUUUUCGGAUCAGAAAUGUUGUAUGGACGAACUUGGAUAGCAAAUGAGACCUAAUUAUUAUGUAGCCUUCGAGUAAUUCGAGAAAGAAAAGCAAUGAAAGCUAAGACUAAUUCCAAGUCAGUGACCUACCGGUCCAGCUCCCGUAAGAACGGAUGGAGCUGCCCUCCGCAUCCGUUACAGUUUGUUGCGUGGACCUUUAUUGCUUUCUUUGCUGUGAUGUAUCAUGGAAUGGCAGUGCCUACGAUGCCUUACCAUUGGCAACCAGCCUGUCACAUUAUUGUCGGUAUCAUGCUGGCCUUGCACAUCAUCACCCAUUGGAUUUGUUUGACCAUCAAUCCUGCUGAUCCGAACACCAUCCGCAAAGCCAAGAAGGUCAUGCCAUCCUUUGAUAGGACGCAGCAUUCCCAUGUGAUUGAGAAUAAUCACUGCUAUCUGUGCGAGGUGGAUGUAGCUUUAAAAUCCAAACAUUGCAGCACAUGCAAUAAGUGUGUUGCUGGUUUUGAUCAUCAUUGUAAGUGGCUCAACAACUGUGUCGGCUCCAGAAACUACAAAUUUUUCGUGACGUGCCUCAGCGCUGCCUUCCUCAGUGGCCUCUUUGUAUUCAUUGUCUUCCUCUACAUGUCCAUCGUGUACUGGGCCAAUCCGAUACUUCUACACCCAGAGCUAUUUGACUAUUCUGGAACCUCGCUGCAAAGUUCAACAAUAGAGCUGCAAACUGCAAACGCGUCUGGAAUGCCACUUAACUCAGAGCCGGACCCAGACCCUCUGGACGUCUACCGCAACAAUCUUAAGAUAUUCAGCCCAGUACCGGGAUUAGCCUUCUUCAUUGUGGCGGUCGUCAUUGCAAUUCUCCUCCUUGUUGCCCUCUGCCUUUUGGGACAUUUGUUGGGCUUUCAUCUCUUUUUAAUCUGCAAUAAACUUAGUACAUAUGACUACGUUAUGCAAGACAGAACUGCGUUCAACUCCCGGGAUGUUGAAUCUCAGCAGAUCAGACCAAAGAAGAAGGGUUGCUGCCAGUGCAAUAAUCAAGUAGCCCCUCUUCAGGAUGCAAAGGAAGACAUAGAACUGGCUGAUGUCAAAAAAGACGUACAAGCAACCGAUCAAGAAUCAAAUAACAACUCCAACUCUAACCUACAACUCCAACAGCAACAAGUCAUAUCGGAACCUCUCAUCAAACCAGUGCGACAGGACAAUUGGACCAGCUCGGCCCUCGUUGAAAGCAAAUCACAAGUAAAAAAGAAAAAGAAAACAAAGAAGAAGCGAGGUCGCCAGCGUUCGUUAACGGCCAGAGAGCCAAAGGGUCCAGCCCUAGUGGGUCAUCUCCAGUAUCCAGCAGUCCAGCUAGCACACAGUAUGCCACAGACCUACCUGGAGCAACAUCUAGUACGACGCUACAGUCUGCCCAUCGUUGCCCCAAGAGGGGUACAACAGCAGUACCCUGCAGCCGAGCCUGUCGAGGACCUCUUCUUCACUCAGCAGUUCCCCUCAAUGCAGCAGCAGCAACAGCAGCAGCCCAUUCCAACCACCCAGAUGAACAUGCGGAACCAACAACUUCCUCCACUGAUGGCUAUCUGCAUGGACUCGCCCGCCCCGGCUGUGGACUAUCACUCCUCCUCCGCAGAGAGUCUGAAUGAGAUCCCGAUUGAGCGAUCGACGAGACGCUCCUUCAGUAACCCCUUGCAGAUCGCUCCGCCGUAUGGAGGCAACUACCAAGCAGGUCCACUGUAUCAACACCCUUUGGACAAUUUCAACCACUACAGCCACCCAAACGUGAUGAACGGACGGCCUCCGUGGCAAGCUGACCUGGACACCUUAAAAGGAGGAGUUCAAAUGAUAGAUGGAAAUACCAAGAGCAGCUCCCAUGUGAGAAAGGCCAAGAGGAAAGCUUCGCUGAAGAAGGACGCUGGUCUGCUACCUGAUGUCGCGAAGCCACAUGUUGAGACGCGAAAGUGGAAAGAUUCUUACCAGGAACCACUGCUUUCAAAAUUUGCUCAGGAGGUUGAUGGCUAUCGGACAUCCGGUUCUGAGAGUCGGCGCGGAUCAGAGCAGAGACCAGAGAGACAAUUGGGUCAGCACAUCUUAACACAACCCUCUGAGGGAAAAUUUACUAUUGCUGACGUGCAUAGAGACUCUGAUCAAGAACCUGCGAUGAAACAAUCCGCGCCGAAUUCGAACAGGCAUUAUGACGCGCCAGAGGUGCGCGAGGAUGUGAAUUCUGAUCUUAAACCUGACAGCAGGAUGAGAUCACCUAAAUUGGAAGCCAGAACUCAAGUCAAAGCAGAGCUACCACCCAUUGUGCCAAAACCUGUACCGAGGAAACGAACCCAACAGCACGACUCGGGUCAGACACACAGUAGUCAAACAUCUCUUCGGAGUACAGUAUCUCAUCAGCUCAUCGUAGCAGGGGACGACAAAAGCAUAAUGAAUGAAGAGCCACAAGGAACUGAGACCCAGGCUCCUGUUCCUCUCCCUAGAACAGCUCCAGAGGUGCCCCCGCUGGAUCUGCGCCCUCUGGCGGACACUUACAGUUCGGACGUUGCUACUACGGUGACCCAGAGAGAAGCUCCAUCACUAGAUGGGUCUCUCUCGGAGAAUGACGACGAUGAUCUGGUGGAGGGGUGCUCCAAUGUGAAGGAGCCACAAGAGGGUGAUGUGCCGCCACCCGAGAUACCUCUGUCUUCUAGACGAUGGUUGCUUCGGUAUUAGUAACGGCACUUGUAUUCAAGCAAAUCACGAGAAGGAAAUUACAGGAAAAACGGUUACUGUAGAACUCUGAUAAAGUCUGCAGUAAAAAAUAAUUAUAAUAAUAAAGAUUUGUAAUGCACACAUGUCCACCUUGCUGGGUGUUCCAAGGCGCAAACCAUGCAACCUGUGACAUCACAAGUAAAACAAACAAACACAGAGCCUGGACUUCCUGCAGGCACAAUUUGUAAACAGCUCAAUUGAAGUACACAAAAAAAAACCUCUUUUUUUGGGGGGGGGGGGGGAUUGAAUUGUCUUUUCAUAAACUUUUUAUAUGAAGAUAGGGGCAUCCUAAAAACACAUCAGCUGUUAUUUUUUAUGAAUUUAUAUGGAAUUAUAAACAAAUUUUGGGGAAGGAAAUCACAUGUUAUGACCAGUGUAGAAUCUUGCCAGUCAGAAAAGCUGUGGAAUGUACAAGGUCACUCCUUUUGUAAGCAAGGGUUCGUCAUCAAUUAAAUUCAGUUUCAUCCUUUAUGUAACCAUAUUUAUUUUUAUAACUCGGCUGUGAUUUAUCACAUAAUAUCUUUUAACUCCACACAAAGCUUUUCAAGUAUUCAGAGACCGAUACUGCAAGAACUGGGACGAUAGAACAUUAUUUAUGCUGAUAGUACAGGACAAAGUUGACUGAUGCCGAAAAACGAUAUAAUCUGAAGUGCUUUCAUUUGUAGGGAAUUCUGUUCGCCUGAUUAAAAUUUUGAAAAUAAUACUGCAGUCUUAUUCAGAGCAUGUAGUAUCCAACAAUAAGCUUCUCAAGGUGAUUUAUACCAAGAAAGAUUUUUUUUACGUAAGACAAGUUUUUGAAGUUUUUAUGAAUUAUGAUAAUGUCAGAAACACAGGGGUUAACCAUGUACAAUGCUUACUAACAUGACAUUUUUCUGUUUAACAAGUAGGCUUUUUUGGAAUAAAAAACAAUUUAUUUUGGGGUUUGUUACCGAAGUAAUACCCCACCUUUCAAAAAAGUAUUGUGUUACUGUUUUCAAAUGUUUAUUCAUAAAUACCUCCGACAGUUUCGCUAUUGGUGGAGAGCGCGUCAUGUAGGGGUGUUUAAACGGUUGAUAAUGACCAGCUGGACUGUUUAACUGAGAAUGUACUGCACUCCCACCAAGUCUUUCCUUCUUUGCAAUAAACCAAAGGUUAAUGGCCUGAUGUUGCCUGUUGGGUGACCUUAAUAAUGCAAAUCCAAUGUGAAUGCACACACACCACCACUUUCCUAUCUUCUUGACCAUUAAUUAUAAAAUAAUAAAAAACUUUUGAUAAUGUACAUUUACUGAGCACAAGAAAUGUUCUCACCAGUAAAUAGCUUGAUGAAGUACCCCACCCAGAGCAUGAUGUCCCACUUAAAAAUAUAUCAAAAUAAUAUAGCAAUAUGAUGCAUACCUUUGUACAAUGUACAUGGCAGUCACAGACACUUGACUCUGUGACACACAAUACUUGUAAAUGUAAUAGACAAUAAGUCGUUUGCAAGUUAUUUUAUAGUCUGAGCUAACUUGUGACUAAGCCAAGCAUUUUACCAGACAAUAUUCAAGUCUUAACGCACAUUGGCUUACUAUCAUGUGCAUGUGCAUCAAAUCUAGUUGACUGUUGGAUAAAGUAAGUUAUGAUGGUGCAAUGCUAAAAACUUAACACUACAUGUAUCUACCAAAGAGUAAAAAUUGUAUUUAAACUAAAAGAUAAAUAAUUUAUUAUGGUUGCUUGUCGACCUAUUUAUACCAGGGCCCAAGUUUAUGAUGCCACACUAACAUGGAGUUCAGUUCUUUGCUUAAAGGCUUGGACACUAUUAGUAAUUACUCAAAAUAGUUAUUAGCAUGGGGAGAGAUUGAUAGUAUAAAGCAUUGUGACA